CAGAGCCGGCUAGCAGGGUUCGUAUCUAAAAAAGCGAGUGGAUCUUUAGGAGCAAAAGGAAGUCGCCUUCUUUUUUUGUGAGGGGGUGGGAGGGGGUCUCUAGUGCCAGUCCCUUGCUUUUUUUAAAAGCACGAAUUUUUUCGAGUUAUUUUAUGCAGAACUCGAUGGUGCAGAGAUGUGCAUGAAAAUGAACAGUUUUGCUGUCGCCCUCGUUGCUUUUCUCGUCCUUGGCUCAGUACGAGCACAAAAUGACGACAAAGCGGCGAAUAAAGCAAGCAAGAAGACAGGACCGACCAAUGUUUUCGAGGACCAAGGGAAGUUUGUCUUUGUUUAUGACAACUUGUUCAGAAAAAACACAAUACAAGCCCACCUGAACUUGAUUUCUCUCGGCAAUAUUGAAGGAAUGCUGUCUCCAUGGCAGUACACAUACAAGGAUGACUACUUUAACAUUAAAGUAGCAAAUGGCACGAACAAUAUUCCUUGGACUUCGCCAUUUGAGCUUGAAACUUUUAUGGGCUCCACAGUCUAUAAAACCAUCGCCAAGAUUGCUAAAACCGUCUCAAAAGGCAAAAAAUAUUUCCCGUACCGAAUCUCUUCUUCAAUGAUUCGCAGAUUGGACUUCAUUACAGUUGGAGGUGAGAUUCAGGCACACAACAGCAGAGGAGCUCUGGGAACGAGAAUGGAUUCAAGCAUAUCAGAAAUAUAUCACAAUACUACAAAAAGUUAUGAUGAAUCUGCUGAUGAUGAGUUAGUUGCUACAGUGCUUCUCACACCAAAUCUCAAGAAAAAUGAUUAUGGUGAAGUCAUGUUCUACAAGCAGGAUGGAGAGAUGCUUGCUUCUGUAUUCCAUAAACAAGGUCGCAUUUUGCUAUGGAAUGCUUCUGUUCCAUAUAUUUUCAAACCUCCUGGCAUGUCAUACAAACAAGGAAUUUAUGCUCUUACCAUCCGACUCACAACAUUGAAAGAGAAGUUUGAAGAAGGAAUAAAAGAAUCAAAGAAGGAAAUUGAAGAUGCUGAUCAGUAUGACAAAAUGGACUUCCCCCUCUCUGACAACCUGCCAGUCCCUGAGGUGGCUUAUGGCAAGCACCUCAAGAGGAAAGUGCUUGACCGCCAAGGGCGUGUGGUGUCAUUCUUUGAUGGUCUUUUUACCAAAGGAGACUUAGAUGCCUUGCGGCUAUACCUUCUUCAUUACAACAGUGCAUAUGCUUAUCAAGGCUACGAUGAGAGCAAAGACACAGAGCAUGACAAUGUCUCAUGGAUUGCUGGUAUUAAGGUCUCUAAAUUCAUCAAGAGCCGCAUUUGGAAGACCAUUAACAGUGCUGUGGAGUAUAUCAGUAAUGAGAAAGGGUGGUAUCCUUAUGAUGUAUCCAUGAACAUUAUCAGAAACUCACACUAUACAAGAAUCCAUGAGGACUGCGAGAACCACGAGGAUGAGUUCACAGUCCUCAUGUAUCUGACCCCUGACUGGAAGGAAGAGUUUUAUGGAGAGACCAUCUACUUUGAGGAGAUCCUAAGGCCCAAUGGUCAGCAAUUUCCCAAAGGCAAACAGAAGUAUGAUUGGCUGUUAUCUGUCAAGCCAAUGUAUGGCCGGUUGGUUGUAUUUAGAGGCAUCAUACCUCACUCGGCAAGACCACCUAGUCCAGGCUUCAUGGGUGCUAGAUAUACUUUCGCUUGCAAGGUAUCAAGGACUUAUCACAUCGCGCAUGCCAAAAUGCUGAGGGAAUCUAUUGAAGGCGAUGAGCCUGGAUCCCCGGAUGAAAAGCUGUCCACUGAUUUGCUGAACCAAGAAUACGAUGAACCAACCCCUGAACGACCAACGAAGUUCUUGGAAGAGGAACUAGCGAAGAGAAAGCAAGAGAAACAGGAUCGAAUGAGAGAAGAGAAGUUGAAACUUCUUCAGCGAAUCACAAAAAUGUAGGAUGAUUAUUUUUGGAAAAAAUAAAAAUAAACAAAUAACGAUGGUAAAAACUCUAAGGCAAAGGAGGUAGAUAAAACGAAGAAUAAAAAAACUAGUUUCUAGUUUGUUAAUUGGGCCUCAGAUACCAGUCUACUUUCACCCAGUGGGAGUUAGAUGGUAACAAUGUCUUAGAGCGAUGCCCAUACAUGUUUAAAAUACGCUCUGGGAGUUAGUUACCUUGAAGUAACAACAUGAGAUAAGCUCUCUAUUUUAGGUACAUAAUACCCAAUGCAAUAUUUAUUAACUGUUUUCGGCGCCCCCGUAGCGUUUGUAUUUAUCUUAAACAUGACUGAUGUAUAACGUAAGAAAGGGUUUAAAGUAAAAGUGAAACUUAGCAGUA